UUGUAAACAGGUCUGUCAGCCAAUCUGAAAUUUGUAAUUGGGUGCGGUGUGUUGUACUCCUUAUCAUAAAAAGUGGUUGUUUAAAGGGAAAAAGUGUGAUUUUGUGGCGCAAGGUGUGGAGUGGUAAUUCGCUAUGAGUUACUUACAGUCCAACCAGAAUAGACCCAUCUCGCAGAGUCACUACCAGGGAGGCCCCGGUGAUUUGCCAAUGCCACCAGCCAAAGAACAGACCCUAAUGUGGCAGCAAAACUCGUACUUGGGCGACUCCGGCAUCCAUUCCGGAGCCGCGACUCAAGUACCGUCACUCAGUGGGAAAGAAGAAGAAGAAAUGGAUUUAUUUGAUUUAGAUCAAGGUUAUUCUCAAGGCUUCACUCAAGACCAAGUCGAUGAAAUGAAUAAUCAGCUCAACCAAACGCGGUCGCAAAGGGUCAGAGCGGCCAUGUUUCCGGAGACGUUGGACGAAGGGAUUGAAAUUCCAUCAACUCAGUUCGAUCCCAGUCACCAGACGGCCGUUCAAAGACUCUCCGAACCGAGUCAAAUGCUUAAACAUGCAGUCGUCAAUCUAAUCAAUUAUCAAGACGACGCAGAUUUGGCAACUCGUGCCAUCCCCGAAUUGAUCAAACUCUUAAACGACGAAGAUCAAGUUGUUGUUUCGCAAGCCGCGAUGAUGGUCCACCAACUAUCUAAGAAAGAGGCUUCGAGACACGCGAUUAUGAACAGUCCUCAAAUGGUGGCCGCUUUAGUGAGAGCCAUUUCGAAUUCUAAUGAUUUGGAAACGACCAAAGGUGCAGUCGGCACUUUGCACAAAUUAUCACAUCAUCGGCAAGGUCUCUUGGCCAUCUUCAAAAGCGGAGGUAUUCCCGCAUUGGUGAAAUUAUUGAGCUCGCCAGUUGAAAGUGUAUUAUUCUACGCCAUCACCACUCUACACAACUUGCUGCUGCACCAAGACGGGUCUAAAAUGGCCGUACGAUUAGCCGGAGGUUUACAAAAAAUGGUCGCGUUGUUGCAAAGGAACAACGUGAAAUUUUUGGCUAUCGUAACAGAUUGUCUACAAAUUUUGGCAUACGGGAAUCAAGAGAGCAAAUUGAUUAUUUUGGCGUCGCAAGGGCCUAUCGAACUUGUAAGGAUUAUGAGGUCGUAUGACUACGAGAAACUGCUUUGGACGACGUCAAGAGUAUUGAAGGUAUUGUCAGUAUGUCCGAGCAACAAGCCGGCCAUCGUCGAGGCCGGCGGCAUGCAAGCCCUCGCAAUGCAUCUAGGGAACCCCAGCGGCCGCCUAGUCCAGAACUGUCUCUGGACACUGCGUAACCUCUCGGACGCCGCUACCAAAGUCGACGGUCUCGAAGGCUUGCUCAGCUCUCUAGUGCAAGUCUUAAACUCGCAAGACGUCCACGUCGUAACAUGUGCUUCUGGCAUCUUAUCUAACCUCACAUGUAACAACCAACGCAACAAAGUCACCGUUUGUCAAGUCGGCGGCGUUGACGCCCUCGUACGCACAAUUGUCAGCGCUGGUGAUCGCGAAGAGAUCACAGAACCGGCCGUUUGCGCUUUGCGACACCUCACUUCAAGACAUGUGGAAUCAGAAAUGGCGCAAAAUGCAGUCAGGUUGAAUUACGGGAUUCAGGUUAUCGUGAAAUUGUUGAAUCCGCCAUCGCGUUGGCCACUAGUCAAGGCCGUUAUCGGUCUUAUUAGGAAUUUAGCGUUGUGUCCGGCUAAUCACGCCCCCUUAAGGGAACAUGGGGCGAUACAUCAUUUGGUGCAGCUGCUGAUGAGGGCCUUCCAGGAUACACAGAGGAGGGCGAGUGUGGCGAGCGGAGGUAGCCAGCAAACCUCCAGUUACGCCGAUGGGGUGCGAAUGGAGGAGAUCGUCGAGGGAACAGUGGGGGCGUUGCACAUAUUGGCUCGAGAGUCCCAUAACAGGGUUAUUAUACGUCAACAAAUGGUCAUUCCGAUAUUCGUGCAAUUGCUUUUUAAUGAUAUUGAAAAUAUCCAACGUGUGGCAGCUGGGGUAUUGUGUGAAUUGGCGGCUGAUAAAGAAGGGGCGGAAAUGAUCGAACAAGAGGGUGCCACUUCGCCACUCACCGAAUUGCUACAUUCCCGAAACGAAGGGGUGGCAACUUAUGCUGCGGCAGUAUUAUUUAGAAUGAGCGAAGAUAAGCCACAAGACUAUAAAAAACGGCUCAGUAUGGAACUGACAAAUUCGUUAUUCCGGGAGGAGAAUUUGUGGAAUCCGGAUCUGGGCAUAGAUCCUGAUUUACAGGACAUGUUGAGUCCUGACCAAUCAUAUGAUGCAAUGUAUGCCCAAGGACCCCCUAGUGUGCAUAGCAAUCACGGUGGACGGCCGUACCAACAACAAGGGUAUGACCAGAUACCAAUAGAUAUGCAAGGACUAGAGAUCGGGUCGCACGGUGGCGGAAACGGAUCGACUUACAGCCCGAUUGAAGCCAUGGAUGUAGCCAAUGGCGACCCCGAUAUCAACUUUGACCCAUUACCUGCACCUCCUCAAGACAACAAUCAAGUUGCAGCAUGGUACGAUACCGACUUAUAAAAUUACCUUCCUCGAUGUUUUUCGUUUUAUAAAAUUAGACAUUUCUAUUUUGAUUUUCUUGGUAAUCCCAAAUGCGACACUAGGAUUUUUUGUUAAUGAGAAUAUUGUGUACCUACCUAUUUAUAAUUUAUUAGUAAGUAUAAAAUAACAUGUAAGUGUAUAUUUUCCGUUAUACAUAUAAUAUCGAGUCGAUUCAGAUUUUUUUUAAUAAAAAACAUUUUAUGCUGUCUGAUUAAUAAUUAUUAUCAAAGAGCUAAAACACAAUGCUGAAUUUUUGACUGAUGUGUUAUGAUUGUCGUUUACAAAAAAUAUCUAAAUGUGAUUGUACAAAAUAAAUUGUCAUGUAUCAUUUUCUUUUUAAUUAAUAAAAGUGUUUGUAUAUUUAUUUGUUUUUUAUUUUGUUAUGAAUGCUAUUUAUUGCCGUUUUUAUGUAAUGCCCAAAGCGUAGUGUAGACAUUGUGUUUUAAUUCUUAUUAUAUUUAAACAAUUUCAUGAACAGGGUAGAACUUUUUAAGGCACUGCCUUUGAAAUGUAUGCAUGUCUUUGUAGGAAGGAAUAAACUUUCUCAUUGUA